AUGAGUUUUAGACACAAUAACAACUCGCCCGGAAGAGGAAGAAGGUACAACAAGAACUACAACCAAGAAGGGGGAUCAAGUGGUAACGACAGCCACAACCACAACAACAACAACAAGAACAAAAGAAGAAGAGAAGAGCUGGAUACGUAUGUCCCAGUCCCACAGAGCUCAUUUCAAUCAGCGCAUUCCAAUUUGCCACGAAACUGGCCAACUCAACCUAGAUCUCAUUACCACUCAACAAACUCUACAGUUUCAUCACAUACCGAGAAUAUUGUUACCAAUCAAAAACAAGGCCAUGAAUUAGGUCGUUCGUCCAGGGAUCGAAUUGGUGAUUCAAUUUUUCAGAAAAGGAUACCCAAAUUCAACGAUACUAAGAAUUGGAUCGAUAUUGAUAUGGAACAAGAUCCAGAGGAUGUCGUGCAAAAAAUAAAGCAUAUAUACCCGUAUGGUGUUGAAAAGACAGUUGCAGCAGCAAAUACCGAAAUUAAUAAUAUCUUGAAUACAAAUUUGGUGACCUUGUGCAACAAGGUCAAAUACGAGCCAAAAGAUGGAAUUCGAUAUUUAUUGGCUGUUGUUCCCAAAAAAAGGCAUUGCCUUUUAAUUGGAAAUGGCGUGAGUAUUGAUGAUGUAUUCUUGAGUAUCGUCAACUUUCUUUUUGAAAACAUAUUUCAGAGAGUCCUUAUCGUCACUCGGAAUGUACAAGAGACAUUACAACAAUUGGUAUACUUUGCUGGAACAAAACUUACUAUUAACAACAAAUUCCACACCAGUGAAACUGAACCUCACAUCAACAUUCAAGAUCCAUCGGAACUCGAUGACAAAGUAAAGGUCGACUACAUAAUAUGGACAGUUUUUUCACCAUCAGAUUUAGCAAAAAUCCCCACCAUAACCAAACAAGGACCCACACUUAUGGCCAGUCCGUUUGGCCUAGAUGAGUUUAGCAUCCAACAAAUAGGAGCUCAAUCUGAGGCCAUAAUUUAUCCAGUAAACAAAACAUGGUGUAAUCUUGAACUAAAAUUUAUUAACAGUACUUCAUUAGAUAAAAAAAUUAGAUACAUUAGUCUAAAUUUUACUGGUUCAGAUUGGGGCGUCGCAUGUCUAACAAAAAAAGCUGCUGAAACUGUUGCAAAACACCUUGGGAAAAGAGUUUUACAUAUAGACAAGGAAUUGAGACAGAAUUUGACAAGGAUUCAGAAAUCCGGGAAACCCGUUGUCACCAGUCUUCUUCAAAAUUUAUCAUUAUGCAAGACAAUAAUUUUGAUAUGCCCUGACCGGAAUUAUAAGAAAUUUGAGAAUUUUGUGAAAACAUACGAAGGACGUAACAAGAAGUACAUAAUUCUUAUGUGUCAGGGUGAUUUUUCUAGUGGAAAACCUUAUUAUGAUCUUGGUGUGGCUGUCAAUGCUGAGAUGUCGGAUGAGAUUGUUGCAGAGUUUAAAAAGGAAAUAAAGGGAAAAAAGCUGCCUAAGCAAAAGAAGCCUAAGCAAAAGAACAAUCAGCGACAGAAGCCUAAGAAAGCCAUGAAACGAAAGAAAAAGGAAUGA